GCGACUUCACCGGUGGAGCACGUUCAAUGUUUCGGGCGUAAGAAGACGGCAGUUGCCGUGACACACUGCAAGCGCGGCCGUGGACUCAUCAAGAUCAACGGAACACCAAUCGAGCUGAUCCAGCCAGAGAUCCUCCGUUAUAAGGCCUGUGAGCCUAUCCUCCUUUUGGGCCGCCACCGCUUCGCCGGCGUAGACAUGCGCAUCCGUGUCAACGGAGGAGGUCACACAGCUCAAAUCUACGCCAUACGUCAAUCCAUCGCCAAGGCUCUCGUAGCCUUUUAUCAGAAGUUUGUCGACGAGCAAUCGAAGAAAGUGAUCAAGGACAUCCUCGUCCGCUAUGACAGGACAUUGCUUGUUGCGGAUCCAAGGCGCUGCGAGCCCAAGAAGUUUGGUGGACGUGGUGCUCGUUCCAGGUUCCAGAAAUCCUACCGUUGAUUGGCAGUUUGGAAGUCUAAUGCAAAGUGUUUGUGUUAUCUCGUUUAGUAAGCCGUCCGUUCAAGUUUUGGUUUAUCUGCUCUAAUGAACUUUUGAUUAUUUAUUUCAGCUUUUGUGGAACUCAGUCUGAAGUUUUAUAUUAUGCUUAUUCCGUUUGUCAUUUAAAAAAAAAAACUAA